UUAAACCAAGCACGGAUCUUUCCUUAUCCUGCGGGUUUUUGCAAGCAAUAAUUGCCAGUAAAAGACUGGGUCACUGAUCGUUCAGCUCACUGUGCCCUUCAUUCUAAUUCGUUUCUAUUCCUGUCUCUUAGGCUUUACGUAGCAUCUAUGAAGAUAGAAACUGACUUCCUGACCUGACUUACUAAACUGUGUCCAGAGCCUUUUUGUGAGGAGUCUUGGCACGAGGAUGAGUACCAUCAACUCACAGGAUGAUGAAGAUACUUUUAAAAUACUUAUUGCUACUGAUAUUCAUCUUGGCUAUUUGGAGAAGGAUCCAGUGCGUGGAAAUGAUACAUUUGUAACUUUUAAUGAAAUUCUGGACCAUGCUCAAAAAAAUGAAGUGGACUUUGUUUUAUUAGGUGGGGACCUUUUUCAUGACAACAAGCCUUCCAGAAAAACAGUACACUCUUGUUUGGAGUCACUAAGAAAAUACUGCAUGGGUGAUCGUCCUGUUCAGUUUGAAAUUUUGAGUGAUCAGGCAGUUAAUUUUCAUUGUAGCAAGUUUCCAUGGGUGAAUUAUCAGGAUGGAAAUCUCAACAUUUCUAUUCCAAUUUUUAGUAUUCAUGGCAAUCAUGAUGAUCCCACAGGGGCAGAUACACUGUGUGCAUUGGAUAUUUUAAGCUGUGCAGGAUUAUUGAAUCACUUUGGACGUUCAACUUCCAUGGAGAAAAUAGAUAUUAGUCCCAUUUUAUUGCGUAAGGGUAGAACAAAAAUUGCUCUGUAUGGCUUGGGAGCUAUUCCAGAUGAGAGGUUGUAUCGUAUGUUUGUCAAUAAACAAGUAACCAUGCUGAGACCAAAGGAAGAUGAAGAUAGUUGGUUUAACUUGUUUGUGAUUCAUCAAAAUAGAAGCAAACAUGGAGCUACGAACUACAUUCCAGAGCAGUUUUUAGAUGACUUUAUUAAUCUUGUUGUGUGGGGUCACGAACAUGAGUGCAAAAUAGCUCCAUCCCAAAAUGAACAGCAACGUUUCUAUGUUUCUCAGCCAGGAAGUUCAGUGGUGACAUCUCUGUCCCCCGGAGAGGCUGUGAAGAAACACAUUGGUUUGUUGCAUGUUAAAGGGAAGAAAAUGAAAAUGCAGAAGAUUGCUCUAGAGACAGUGAGAACUUUCCACAUGGAGGAUAUUGUUCUAGCUGAUUAUCCAGAUCUUUUUAAUCCCGACAAUCCUAAAGUAACUCAGGCAAUACAAGCAUUCUGCAUGGAAAAGGUUGAAUCGAUGCUGGACAAUGCAGAAAGAGAACGCUUGGGAAAUCCACGUCAGCCAGAGAAGCCUCUCAUAAGAUUACGAGUUGAUUAUGCAGGUGGCUUCGAACCAUUCAGUGUCCAUCGUUUUAGCCAGAAGUACAUGGAUAGGGUGGCUAACCCAAAAGACAUCAUACACUUUUUCAGGCAUCGUGAACAAAAACAGAAAAAUGACAGUGAUCUUAAUUUUGGAAAACUGGUUGGCAGACCUGCUUCUGAGGGGAUGACACUGAGAGUGGAAGACCUUGUAAAGCAGUAUUUUCAGACAGCGGAGAAGAAAGUACAGCUUUCACUUCUAACUGAAAGAGGAAUGGGAGAAGCAGUGCAAGAGUUUGUGGACAAAGAGGAAAAAGAUGCCAUAGAAGAGUUGGUGAAAUUUCAACUAGAAAAAACACAGAGGUUUCUUAAGGAGCGUCGCACUGAUGCAGAGGAGGAAAAAAUAGAUGAGGAGGUGCGAAAAUUCAGGGAGAGUAGAAAAAAGAAUACGGAAGAAGAGGAUGAGGAAGUUCGUGAGGCAAUGACCAGGGCUAGAGCCCACAGAUCUGAGGAUGCAGUUCUUGUCGCAGCCUCCAGUGAUGAAGAACUCAUGGAUACGGGGAUGAAAGGCACUGGUGAUUCAGAUGAUGGCCUUCCUGCAACACUGAGCCGAGGAAGGCGUUCGGCAAGAGGUAGGGCAAGAGGUGGAAGAGGACAAAAUUCAACAGCAAGAGGUUCAUCUCGAAGGGGAAGAGGAAGCACUAGCCAAGAGUCAGCUACUAGCAGCAGAACCUACAAGCCUGUACCUGUGCCUGCCAAGAAUAUGUCUAUCUUGGAUGCCUUUAGGUCUUUGAAACCAGAGCCCUCCUUGAAUUCAUCUAAAUCUUACUCUGAGGAUAUUCUAGAUGAUGACUCCGAUCUAGAAGACAUUUCUAUUGUUCCUUCUUCCAAAGUAAAUCAAAGGUUGUCAACUACAUCUUCACUUAGUAAGAGACAUUCACAAAGCCAAAUAUCUAGAGGAGCUGAUUUUGAGUCAGAUGAGGAUGAAUUUGAUCCAUUCAAAAGCACUGCAACGUCAAGAAGAACUAAGUGAUUUCUGGCUCGCUAUACGAGAGAGACCGUGAAAGUUAGUGAAGAAAAUGGAAAGCAGUUUGCAAGGCAUUCUCUAUAUGACAUUUCUCUGUAAAUGAUGGCUUGCCUUCAAUUUUCACUUCUAUGAAAUGUU